GCUCAGGAUGCUCAGGCUCUGCUCAGGCUUGCUCAGGUUCUGCUCCGGCAUGCUCACCCUUGGCUCACGUAGGCUCAGCCUCAGCUCAGGUUAAAGCAGCACUUGCUCACGUCUGCAGACUAUAAAACGGAACUAGCGCAAGGGAAAAUUAAUCCUGAGUCUAGGGGUUCUUGUACCCAACUAAGGUUCAGCAUGAGCCAGAACAUGUCAUGCAUCUGCGUCUCAACCUUUUUGUAAGUGAUUUACUUAAAGGCACGUUGUUGUCCUGCUCCAACAAUCCAUCCCACACCAAGCUCCAUGACUCAAUUUCACAUUCCUCCAAAACUACACAGAUCGUCUCGAAAAACGAAACCAAUAAUUGCAGAACACUUCGUCCUCAAACUCCACUCGUGACAGAAAGAACCUUUCGUGAGACCUCAAAGCGAAAGGUCCCUUAUUUCGCCGCUCAAUUGCCGAAAGUAUCGGCACCUCGUAUGCACAGCCAUCUUGGCAAACUCAGCAGACGACAACCGAGAAAGUGCCAGCCCACAAGCAACGCCGAACUUUCUUCCUCACCCUUGCGUUUUCCAAUUCCGCCGAACACAUCGCAUUCUCGUAAUAAUGCGUUGAGAAAUAUGUCAAAAGCUAACGUGAUCAUGAGGCUCAUGCUGACCGCCAGGGGCUCUGCGCUCCCUUCCUCCUCGUGUCCAGAAGAUCGACAUGAUGCCAAGACUGCUAGCUAUCAUCACUGCCAGCACACCCGGCUCUUGACUGUUUUUGUGGGGUAAGAACCCUGUCGACGGUCUCGUCCACACCAGAAAUAGAAUCGAUACGAGCCUCAUCAUGUCACUAUGCCAACUCCGAAAGAAUGGAGAUAGUAUAUAAAUGCUCUGGGGAACCUCAUCAGG